UGUGCAGCGGCACCUUACAAGUGAUGUUCCGGAUAUGACGCAAGGGCUCGGAACUCCUGCGGAGUCACCGGGAGCUGGUUCUUCUCGCUGGACCGUGAGAGCGCGACAGAAGCGCCCUCCGGGCAAUAAAAGCAAUGCUUGUGAUAGAUGCAGGACUGCCAAGCUGCGUUGCAUCGAUAAGGAGAAUCCGCCUUGUGGAAGAUGCCGGUCGUUCGGCUUAGAUUGCACCUUUGGCGAGCAGUCGAAGGACGAUGCCCCUCGGAGCUUGAAACGGCGUCUCACAGAGCUAGAAGACCAGAUCCGAGCCUUAGACCGAUCAGUUCCGCAAGAUCUGCCGGCCCCGUCGAGCGCUCAGGACACCACCCCGCUGCGACCUACGGUGCGACAAAGACCUUCAUUCGGUCAUGUUGCAAUACCGGACAGAGCUGCUUCCCCCGUCGUAAAUACCGUCGUGGACUCACGGAGACCCACUCAGGUUCCAAAUCGGGCCAGUAUCUCCUCUCCUGUUCGCUCGAUGGCCAUACAGGAUCCAUCACCUGGCAACUAUUCGACCCCCGAGAAAGACUCUCCAAUCCCGACCGAUCAGAGAUUCAUGGAUCAUCUCAGAGAUCCACUCUUUGCGGCUGCUGUUGGUCAGCCAUCCCGUCUCAAUGUACCAGAAUCACCCAAGACGCAUAGCAAUGCUGCCCUGCCGCCUGCAGGAAGUUCAGACGUCGGAACAAUCCUGCCGAGGAUGCAGGAUGCGAUCGAGCUAGGCCUGUGCACGACCCAGGAGGCAGAGAGGUUAUACAGAUCUUUCUUCGACAAAUCACACCUCUUCCUGCCCAUCUUUGAUCCAAUCACCGACACGUUUGCGAGCCUCCGCCGCCGAUCUUUCAUGUCUUUUAACUCCAUCAUACUCGUAGCAAGUAUGGCGGAAGAUACGGGGAAGGACCCCUCAUCACUAUCUAGCCGACUUCUAGAGCAGAUCGGUUUAGCCAUUAUCGGUGUGCUGUUAAACCCCGUGCGACAAAUUGAAACCUUACAAGCUCUCACCCUGCUUGCCUACUGGAUAGAUUCUGGCUGGAAGAUCGGAGCUUUGGCAGUGUCAAUCGGGAUGGACCUCGAGGUGCACAGCUGUCUCUCGUGGUUGAACAGGCGGAAUAUGGCGAGAGGAAAGAAAUUAGAUCAAGUGGAGCCUGAGCGACAAGCAGUUGUCGGUGCGAGGUUAUGGUUAGCUCUCUUCAAACUUCGAUACGAGUACGCCUUCAACCUCGGUCGACCGCUUGCAAGCGACGCCGACGAGCUUCUGUCAGUCGGUCGGCAGUUCGUUGACCACCCUCUUGCGAACUUGGGCGACUGCCGUCUAGUGGCAUCAUGCGAGUUUCUCAGAGCUCGUCUCGGUCUUUUCCGACCCUAUGGAACCCGGGACGCCAGGUCUGAUGUCGAGAUAGAAGACACAAUUAGAGACGCUCUCACCGAGAUUGGUUCCCUGCUGGAGCACUGGCAUGCUUACUAUGCCACGUGCGGUGUCGCUGAGCUCCACACUGUCAGGGGAUUGCUGGUCUCCGAGCAUGCCCAUGCUGUCCUUCACACCGCCGCAGGAUCCUUGUCGGUUGCCCGAUUUGACGAGGAGAUCCUGAGCUUGCCCGAGGAGAAGCUAGGGUGGCUGCGAUUGGCGCUCUUGGCCGCUCAACAGCUGGUUCAUCAGUGUCUUCGACAGCCUCUCGGUCAGCUCUACGCUUACUGGACUCAUGAGCAGCGAGUGGGCAUGUUCUUUGCUGCCGCAUACCUGGUCCGGUUGUCCAAGAUCUUGCCGGAUGGUGGCUCUCACGAUCAGAUUGCUAGGGAUACAGAGGAGCUCGCUAUCAAGACGUCAACAGGUCCUGGCAGAGCACUCGGCACUAUCCUCCACAAAGUCCUCAGUCAAGCGCGCAACACCUCUGACAUAUCCCCAGCCGCCCAGCUGCCGUCUAUCUUCGAUCAGAACCCGGGACCGGCAUACAAUCGCUCCGUUUCGAGUCAAGUGGCCCAUCCGCCUAGCGGGGAAACUCAAGAAACCAACGGAAAUAUCCAAGGCGCGGCGGAAGACCCUAUCAUGUGGUUUGACGAUCUAUCUUCGCUGUUGGUUUCGCAUGAUCCGGCGCUGGCGUCCGCAUUCACGACACAUCCGAAGGAUAUUCUGACGUAUGCUGAGGGGACGCCGCCCAAUUGGAACACGACACCGUACGAUCCAUUUGUGAAUUUCGUUGCAGAGGAACGAGGGUGAACUUGGGACGAAUAAACGUUGCAAUGAUGCAAAUGCUUGUCUCCAUAUGCGCAGAAACCUCAUAGAAUGGAUGAUCUCAGACCGUCCAGUUCGUAGUCGUAUACAGACCAGUUGCAGAAUCGCAGCCAUGUAUUAAAGCUUCUGCCACUG